CUUUUCAUCUCUCUAAAUUUCUCCACUUUCUCUCUCUCGAAUUGAUAUGUAAAACCCACAAAAACAAGUACCCAAAUUCCCCUUUGAUUCCGUCUUUCUUUUUUAAGAGCAACAGAAAACCUUCAAAAGUUCAUGGCUACUUCUUCUACCUUUCUUUUCUGUCUCUUUUUCAUCUACAUUUCCUGUUCUACAUUUACUUCCGCUGAAGAUCCAACUGUUUCCUACAAGUUCGAAAUUUCUUACAUUACUGCUUCACCGCUUGGAAUCCCGCAACAGGUUAUUGCUAUAAAUGGAAAGUUUCCGGGCCCUACGAUAAAUUCAACUACUAACAACAACGUUAUUGUGAAUGUGAGGAACAAAUUAGAUGAAAGCCUUCUCAUUACUUGGGCUGGAAUACAGCAAAAGAGGAGUUCUUGGCAAGAUGGUGUUCUUGGAACCAAUUGUCCAAUUCCCCCAAAAUGGAAUUGGACUUAUAACUUUCAAGUUAAGGAUCAAAUCGGGAGCUACUUUUACUUCCCAUCACUCAAUUUUCAAAGAGCUUCAGGUGGUUUUGGUAGCUUUAUUAUCAACCCAAGGUCCGUAAUUCCUAUUCCGUUUGGUACCCCAGCUGGCGAUAUUACAAUCUUGAUUGGUGAUUGGUACAUAAGGAACCACACUGCUUUAAGACGGGCACUUGAUGCUGGCCGUGAUCUUGGAAUGCCCGAUGGCGUUCUUAUCAAUGGGAAAGGGCCAUAUAGAUAUAAUGAUACUCUUGUUCCCGAUGGAAUUGAUCACGAAACCAUCAAUGUUGAACCAGGCAAAACUUAUCGUAUUCGUGUUAGUAAUGUUGGUGUAUCGACUAGCUUAAACUUCAGAAUUCAGAACCAUAACUUGCUUUUAGCGGAAACGGAGGGAUCGUAUACAGUUCAACAAAACUAUACUAGUUUAGAUAUACAUGUUGGACAAACAUACUCGUUUUUAAUCACCAUGGAUCAGAACGCGAGUAGCGAUUACUACAUCGUUGCUAGUGCAAGAUUCGUAAACGAGUCGAUCUGGCAACGAGUUAUGGGUGUCGGAGUCUUGCAUUACUCGAAUUCCAAAGGAAAGGCUUCCGGUCCCCUUCCUGAACCCCCUCAAGACCAGUUUGACAAUACUUUCUCAAUGAACCAAGCAAGGUCCAUAAGGUGGAACAUCUCGGCUAGUGGGGCGCGUCCAAAUCCGCAAGGUUCGUUUAAAUAUGGUUCGAUAAAUGUGACCGAAGUGUACAUACUGAAAAACAAACCACCUGUGACUAUUGGUGGGAAACGAAGGGCAACGCUAAGUGGGAUCUCGUUUGUGAAUCCCACCACGCCAAUAAGACUUGCCGACGAGUUUAAAGUUAAAGGUGCGUAUAAACUCGAUUUCCCUACCGAGCCACUUACGGGACCUUCUCGGAUGGAGACAUCAGUUAUCAAUGGAACGUACCGGGGAUUUAUGGAAGUGAUAUUACAAAACAACGAGACCAAGAUGCAUAGCUACCACAUGGAUGGAUAUGCCUUUUUCGUAGUCGGAAUGGGUUACGGAGAAUGGACAAAUGAUAGCCGGGGGACGUACAAUAAGUGGGAUGGCAUUGCUCGUACGACCACACAGGUUUAUCCUGGGGCGUGGACGGCAGUAUUGAUCUCUCUUGAUAACGUUGGAGUUUGGAAUCUGAGAACGGAAAAUCUUGAUUCAUGGUAUCUUGGUCAAGAAACAUAUGUUAGGAUCGUCAAUCCGGAGAAGAACAACAAAACAGAGUUGCCCAUCCCCGAUAAUGCUCUUUUCUGCGGUGCCCUCAGCCGAAUGCAGAAGCCACAAGACAUAUCUUCAGGAUUAAGAGGGCAUGGAUCGAUGGUGGUAUUUGGUCUGCUAAUGGCGAUGUUGAGUGGUCUACUGCUCUAAUUAUUUAGUUUUAUAAUUAAUUAUGUUUUGAGGUAAUUAUUUUGUUUAAAUUCCUUAGAAAUUAAUUAAUAUUCUGGGGAUUAAUUAUUCCAUCAUUCUUUUAUUUCACCUGAUUUGAUUGUGUAGUUGAGGAGGAGGAGGAGGAGGCUGUGUAAAACCUGUUUGUCUUAAUGUAUUUAUAAGCAAGAAUUCUGGUCUUAAUUUCU